UCUCGUCACUCCACCAUCGAGAAAACUACACAUGCAUGCAUACCAACACUCCCGAAUUGGUUCGUUUUUACCAGGACUUUCAUUCCCAUGGCCAUGGCCGUGGACUCAUCUAUGAUCCGAUUAUCAACUCCGUUUACUCACAAUCGCACCCGACACCUGUUUGCCAAUCACAAACUUAAUUCCUUCAGUUUCAGGCCCCAAAGCAGGACAAAUUAUAACUCUGAUCCUAAGGAGUUUGAUGAGUUGGCAUAUGAAGCUGAGAGGUUGAGAUUGGACGCCAAGGCUCGAGAAUCAAUGGCCCAGACUUCCAAAACAAUGACGGAAACAGAUGAUGAUCCCAGAGCUUGGAAAUGGGUCAUUCGUAAAAGGGUUUGGGAUUUCAUGGAGGCGCAGAAUAUUGCCCAGAACCCCAGACCCGUUCAUCAUCGGAUCCCAAACUUUGUAGGUGCCUCAGCUGCUGCCAAAAAAUUGAGCGAGCUGGAGGCAUUUGUGAUGGCAAAAUGUGUAAAGGUAAACCCGGAUUCGCCUCAGAAGCAAGUCAGGUUUCUCACUCUUUCUGAUGGCAAGAAGUUGCUUACUCCACAACCUCGUUUGAGAACCGGUUUCUUUUCAAUACUUGAGUCCUCUAUGCUUACUCCUAGUACCAUCAAUGAGGCAUGCACUUCUGUAGGGGUUGCAAAGUAUGGAAGGCCAAUUGGAUUGGAUGAAAAGAUCAAGGUGGAUGUAAUUGUCAUUGGUUCAGUUGCUGUAGAUCCAAAUACUGGGGCUCGACUCGGCAAGGGAGAGGGAUUUGCCGAACUUGAAUAUGGCAUGCUGCGGUAUAUGGGUGCCAUUGAUGAUUCAACCCCGGUGGUUACCUCAGUGCAUGACUAUCAGUUGGUAGAUGAUAUUCCAAUUGAGAAAUUGCUGGUCCAUGAUGUCCCUGUUGACAUCAUAUGUACUCCUACUCAAGUUAUUUUCACCAAUACAGCAAUUCCGAAGCCUCAAGGCAUCUACUGGGAUAAGUUGUCCCCGGAAAAGCUGGGGCAAAUUCGGAUACUAAGAGAGCUCAAAAGAAGAAUUGAACGGGAGACUGGGCACACCCUUCCAUGUGGUCCAUCGGAGAGAUUACCUCCUACUACUCAAAGAAGGCGACGACGUUCUUAAAUACCGAA